AUGAGCUCCCCCGACGAGGUGUCUGUUUGGGGAGCCGGUUUCGUCCCUGAGGGCGGCGGGGAGCCGUCCGGCGCCUGCCCGGCCAGCCCCACAGCCCCGCAGGGGCCCGGACUAGGCCUUGAUUUGGGGGCACCGUGCAGCGGCGAGGGCGAGGGCGGCCUCCCAGACCCCGAGGACUCCGUGUCCGAGGAGGGAGAGCUGGAGGCGGGAGGGCCGGUGCUUUGGGUCCUGAAAGGCCGGCCCGGCUCCCCGGCCGACGAGAAGGGGGACGCUCUGGACUACGCGUCCCACCUUGCUGACGAAUCGGCGGCCACCGCGCAGCAGCUGACCGACCGCGGUACCCGGCGCGUCCGGAGACACCCGACCCCAGAAAGCUGCGCCGCUGAAGUGUCCACCAUCUGGGCGGACCUAGAGGCAGGCCCCAGUGUUCGAGGCGCGCUUGCCUCCGGCUGUGGAGAAGCGCAGCAGGCUUCUGCCGCCCCUCUCCACCUCGGUGGGCGCAAGGGAGGCCGGGCCUGGGGCAGCCCGAAAAGGGGCACCGAAAGUCGGCUGAACGUCAGCGUGGAUCUCCAGCGGCCCUCCGCGGAGGGUCUGGUCGGGCAGCCUUCCGACCCCGAGUCGUCAGAUGAGUUCAGUGAGGUACAGCUGAUGAGAGUGAGCAUUUGCCCCAAAGAAGGCGGCCAAGACAAGUCCAGCAGCCCCGAGGAACCUGGCGACACACCCAGACACUCGAAGUUCCAGAUCAGGAAGGAUUUCCUUCUCAGGCCGGGCUCUUUCCUGACCUCUGCCCCCCGCGGACUCACUUCGACCAUGGAGAGGCAGGCCGUUGGCGAGCUGGACAUCUCUUCCCCCAAGAAGAUGCCAAGUGUGGUCUGGGGGAAGGGAGGAAGCAGGCCCAGCUACGCAGCAGCACGAGCAGCUGCAGCUGCUGCAGGGGGCCUGCCCCGGGCCACUCCUAAGAAGAAGGUGGCCCAGGAGAAGAAAUCCCCAAGGGGUGCCUCAACAGUUGCCCUGGGGAGAGCCUUUCCUUCAUGGGGGCAGAGACUCUUGGCAGCUCCCCCGGAGCCAGCCACCUUCCCCCCGAUCUCUGGUGUUCCGCUACUUGGGAGGUCCAAGAGAGACUCCUUGUUCCUUUCGGGACCCAAACAGCCCAAGCACAGCAGGACUAGGAAGAAAUCUGCGGUGAGGAGAACAAGGGAGUCCCAGCCUGUGGCCCGAGAAAAUAAUGACCCAAACAGAGAUCCAGUCCCAAAGGUCCAAGUGACCAGGAGCCACCUGUCCUUCCCCCAAGACCGGAAAGGCAGCAGCAACCACCUGCAGCACAGGGCUGCCCUCGGGAGGCAUGGGGCCAUGUUCGGCAGCGUGAAGAAGGGGAGAAGCAUGUUGAAGGAGACGUGUGACGCCAUGAACACAACCCCUGAUUCUAGGAAGGUGCCCACUCCCUACCAUCACCACCAUGACUAUGAUCACGACCAGGAACAUGACCUGCCAAUGCUCCCUGUGGACUUUUAG